AUGGCGCCGGCCACGGUGCCCGUCACGUUUCCGGCGGAGAUUGUGCAACGCAUUUGCGAGAUUGUAUACUUGGACAGUGUACCCCUAUGCUCUUUGCGGCUGCUAGACCCGCCUAAUGUGCCGUCAGCAGCGUUCGAUGGUCAAAGCGCCCUAUCCCUUAUCGACGAUACACAGCGAGUCUUAUUUCGUCUGUGCCUUGUCAACCGGGCCUUUUAUCGACAUGCGCAUCCCCUUUUGUGCCGUCGCGUGCAGAUCACGCUGCCUUACCGCUUCAUGCACCUGCUUGAACUCGCUCAAGGCCCAGCGCCUCUAGCCUCGCUAGGUGCUAGCACGCUAGGAAGUAUUCGACUGCUCGACUUUAGCUCGUUCCGCGCUAUGGGGCUCCGACGAACAGUUGGAGAGAGUACGGAGCGACGCUUUGUGACGCCUGAGCGUCUUAUCACUCUAAUUCGCGCAGCUACUGGUCUUGUCGCUUUUGGCUCGAGUCCCACGAUGGACAGCGCACUUUCGCUCGAGGUUCUUGAAGCGCUUCUUAUUCGUGAUGGCGAGCUUAGUAGGCCUAUGCGUAUGCGAGACGUUAGUAUGGAGCGAGGUGCCCAUGUCGUGCACAAUGCCCUUCAAAGCCUCGACCUUUGUGGCUGCGUUAGCCCCAAGUUUCUCGAAGCUAUGGCCCAAUUUGUGCACAAGCAUAUCGAGCCAGGACCACCACGUUAUGCCAUUUACGACGUCUUGGAAGAGGAUGAGGGCACCGACAACAGUGUGAGCGAGGACGAUGACGACGAGCGACCGACCGCGGGACUUCAAGAACUUGCGCUACAAGGCACACUCCUUUUCCCUACGCCUGUGUCGCCAGAUGAUAUGCUGACCAUUCUUACAGCGGCACCGUGUUUACGCCGCGGAGCUUUGAGAUACCUCGACUUGGGCGGAUGCCCACUCACCGAUGAGGCACUUGAAGCCGUCGCUCCCCAGCAGGCUCUCCUCGAUCUGGGUCUGAGCGCAAUUCCGGCACUCACCCUACGCGGCGUAUGUGCAUUCCUGCAGCGCGCGGCGCCGAAUGUGCAGGUGCUUGACCUCACCCACAGCGCCACGGCCAGCGGCUCGAUGCAGGCAGUUCGCCUAUACCAUGAACUCCUAGGACCCUGCACACAGCCGCCCACCUCCGUCAGUAUAGCAGAGCAACUCGCCAAACUGGGUAUUCGCAAGGAUACUCACCUUACGCCAUGGCAGCCACCGUCAAAUUUGCGUGUGGUCGGCCUCUCGCGAGCUGUCCUUACCACUGUACACGGCGGUGUGGGCUCGUGGAAAACCAUCUAUGGCGCCGGCCGUCGCGGUUGGGUCGUCGAUACAGCCGCUGGACCCAGUCCUGAAGCCUACGAUAUCCCUGAACCUGACGAGGACGAAGACGAACGCGGCCGGCCGCGCCUUGCGCGCACUGCACACCGCAGCACGAGCGUCAGUACGCCGCGACACGCAGCCGACUCCUUGGUAGAACCACUUGCAGCUGCCGGGUCGAAGCGUCUUGCACGCGUACCACCCGCGCACACGGAGAAUACCGGCGCGCCGUGA